UGAAAACUAUGGAUUUACAGCGAAGUGAUGGAAGUGAGGUAGAAGUUAAUGACAGAGUAGCCGCUGAUGGGCACUUCGGAACUGUGAGGUUCAUAGGUAGUUUGCCUGACACAAAGGGAGUCUGGAUAGGUGUAGAUUGGGAUGAAGCUGACCGUGGAAAACAUGAUGGCAGUCACCAUGGUCACAGAUAUUUUACAACAAGACACUCAAAAUCUGGUUCAUUUGUAAGAGGGAAGAAGUUAGAUCUAGGCAUAAAUUGCUUUGAGGCUAUAGUGGAUCGAUAUGGUAAACAAGAGGACCCUAAUGCUGGUGUUAUAACUGAGGAGCUUUUUGUUGUUGGAAGUAAUCAGAAGAAAACUGUUGUAGAAAUGGUUGGAGCCAAGAAAGUAAAUGAAAAACAAAGUAAACUGGAUGCUCUUCAAGAAGUAGUACUUAGAGGAUGUUUGGUGUAUGGUGUUGGGGACAGCUCAGAAAAACUGAGAAAGUGUACACCCAACAUACAGGAGCUGGACUUAUCUCUCAAUCUCAUCCCAUCAUGGCAGAGAUUAGCAGAGAUCUGUAAAUGUCUACCAAACCUCACAGAUUUAAAUGCAAGUGAUAAUCAAUUGGAAAUGCCCAAAGACAUGUUGGAGUGCAGAGAUUGUUUCCAGAGUGUGAAAAUAUUAAAACUAAACAGAGUCAACUACACCUGGCAACAGUUGUUGGAGUGCAGCAGAGUCUUUCCUCGCCUGGAACAACUACAUGUUUGCUUUAAUACCUUAACAUCAGUCCACGAUCCAGGGAAUCACCUGCAACAUGUUUAUCUACUAAAUCUGGAAUCAAACAGUUUACAGACCUGGGAACAUAUUCUACAGUUAGAUGCUUGUCUUAGAUUAGAGAGUCUUAUUUUGAAUGAUAAUAAAAUUGAGUUCAUCAGUUUCCCUGAUACUAACCGAGGAAGUAAAACCAAGUUUUUCCCAAACUUGAAACAUAUUUAUAUCAACAACAAUAAAAUUUCACAGUGGAGUUGCAUAAAUGAACUGGACAAGUUGAAGAGUUUUGAAGACUUACAGAUAAAUGGAAACCCUAUCCAGGAAACAGCCUCUCCAGAAACUGUCCGUCAGCUCAUCAUUGCCAAAAUUGCCAACUUAAAAAAAUGUCAGAGGACAGAGGUAACUGAUGAGGAGCGAAGAGGAGCUGAAAUAGAUUAUCUAAAGAGGUUUGGUCCAGACUGGCUAAAAUCAGGUGGACACCAGGAUCCCUCCCAGAAUAAUCCCAGUGAGGACUUCCUCACACAACAUCCAAGAUUUCAACAUUUUGUUCAAGUGUAUGGAGCUCCAGAAAGUUCUGAAAUGAGUAAGAAACCUCAGAAAUUGAAGGACAGUCUGAUUGAAAUUAAAAUUUUAAACCCAGAUGAUUCCAACAUCAAAACUUUGCAGAAGAAAUUGCCAGUUACAAUGACAGUGCAGAAACUGAAGGCUUUAAUUCAAAGGUUGUACAAAGUGGACUCAGAAAUCAAGCUCUCGUAUGUCAGCAAGAAGAUGGAAGGUUGUGAGAUAGACUUUGACAAUGACCUGCGACCCCUGAACUAUUUUUCCAUUGAGGCAGGUGACAUAGUGUAUGCUCGCUGGUCAUGACAAA